AUGUUCCCAAAUGUCGCUCUGUUGGACAUCACACCAGACACGGGGGCCGUACUCAAGCAGGUUGCCAGAAACGGCGAGGGGGCCAGUCGUCAGAGGAGGGGCGGCGCCCAUCCGCAUUCCGCAGCGCGACAAAAAGAAGAGGUCAACGCGAGACUGCGGCAGGGGAGCUUAGCACGCCUUUGCUGCCCUCGGACGGACGUGCCACGCAACAUGGGCGGGUGGGUGUUUCCGGAGGUCGCACCCGGAUCCGCGCCGUCGCCUCGAGGGGGACACGCUGCCACGGCACUGGACCACUCGCGGAUUCUUGUCUUUGGAGGAUCAGACUGCGAACCCAAACCAUUUGCGGACACAUGGUUGCUGGAGACAGGUGAUGAGUACCGAUGGCGUCAUGUGAAGUCUGCAGGUGCAGAAAGGGAGCAACUUGUGGGGCUGUCAGGGGCGACGCUGACAACAGUAGGAGACAAAGUUUACCUUUUUGGUGGCCAGGAACCUCUAACAGGUCGUGUGCAUGAUGAUGUUUGGGAGCUUGAUACCGAGACCUGGCAGUGGUCACAAGUAAAGGUGUCGAGCAAGCCGCCUGCAAGGCAUUCACACUGCGCAGGACUGCUGCACAACGACUCACUUUUAGUGUUCGGCGGAGCAAACCAAGAGACUGCUGUACUUGGAGACGUGUGGAUGUUCAGCGUUCAAGAGCACAGCUGGUAUCAAGUGGAUGUGAGUGGAACAACGUUUUGCCCAAGGGAAAUGCACUCGGGUGUCAUGGUGGAUAUGGACACCAUGCUCAUCUACGGUGGUAGAGGAUUUGCCAACAGGGUGAUGUGUGAUGCAUCGCUUCUAGAUUGUAAAAUGAUGCAAUGGAGGCUAACUGCCAACACCCCGUUUCAAAGAUGUGCCCAUGCAGCGGCGACGCUGGGUGCACACUCAAUUCCCAAUGGCGAUCGGGGCAGCGGCGCAUGCCCUGCUGCUUGCAGCGUUAUUGUCCAUGGGGGGUUCACAGGAGAGAUUGUGGAAAGCGACAUCAUUUGCAUCGAUGCAGAAACCUUGUCUGCCAAGCUAGUGUGUAAUGGACACCAUGGGGAAAAGGACAAAAAGAUUCCAGAGUCCAGAUUUGCACACACCGGCAUCAGCCUGGGAAUGGCGGAGGCAGAGCAGGGGAUGGUCGUGUUUGGAGGCGUGAAUGCGGAGGCUGCCCACAACGAUGUGGCCGUGUGGACAAUGUAG